AUGAAUGAAAUUUUAUUUUUCAUUAAAAAAUAUUAUUUUCUCUUCAAUUAAAACUAUAAAUACGCCAACAACAUCCUUACACCAACAUCGAGCCUUAUCACUCCGAUUCCAAAACACAUCACUCACUACUUUGAACCAUAUCUCUGAGAAGCCAUGCAUCGUUGCCAGUCACUUGCCAAGAACCUUAGUAGUAAAAUCCUUAACCUCGACCCCCACCACCACCACCAACAAAUGAGAAAUUUUCCAAACCAGCUACAUCGGUACUGCGACGUUUUCAUUAGCCAUCGAGGGAUUGACACCAAGAGAACCAUUUCUGGGUUGCUCUACAACCAUCUAGUUCGCCUUGGGCUCAACCCGUUUUUGGACACCAAGAACAUGAAGCCUGGUGACCGGCUGUUCGACAAAAUCAACGAUGCCGUUCGACACUGCAAGGUCGGGGUUGCUGUCUUGUCCCCGCGUUAUUGUGAAUCAUACUUUUGUCUCCACGAGCUGGCUCUGAUGAUGGAAACUAGGAAGAAGGUCAUUCCAAUCUUUUGCGACCUGAAGCCAUCGCAGCUCCAGGUUAAGGACGAUCGGUCUCGUCCAGCUGAGGAGAUGAAGAGGUUCCAAUGGGCCCUCAAGGAGGCAAAAUACACUGUUGGUCUCACCUUUGACACAUUGGGAGGGUUAGUAUAUACAACACAUAUGGGUCAUGUUUGGAAUUGGAUGAGUUGGGAACUGAGAAAAUGUAUGUUUUUCUACUAUUCAUGAAUGAAAAGCUUCAAUAUUUAUGUACAAAACAAGAGCAACCAAAAUGAAUGAAAUCUCCUAAG